CUCUCCCUUUAAAACUAUUUUUUCUUUUCAACCAUUCAGCUGUUACCAUGUUGUAUGAUCACCUGAAGUCGAGAUGAGACUGUAACCAUGACCUUUUUGACUCACGGAUUCUUUAAGCAAGGUAAUUCUUUUGGUGGAAACUGAUGCGGAACAGAAAGGCUUUGACGAGGACUUGUUGAUGCGAAUCCCCUGCGUAAAUGCAUUUUAAAACACUCUACGCACCGUUGCCUCGUCUUGGCCGCAUGCAGCCUUUAUCAUUUGCCCUGAGAACGAGACAAUUGACUUGCUGUAUUUAACUUGUAUUCACUCCAGUAUAGAAUGGAGUAUCAGGGAAAGUUGUACGUUGGUGCAAUUCCUGUGCUGUUAGCUUUGGCCUGGGUUUUUCUAGGCCCAAAACUUGAAGAUGUUUCACAAACUUUAUCCGUAAGUGACGCCGAUCCCACACAAGGUACUCCACCCAAGGGACACUUGCGCCCUUUCGGAUACCACGCAGAUGAAGAGAAGGGGAUCGUCGAGCUAGACGAAUUUCCUGACCCGGAGACUUUUUACAGGGACUAUAUGAGAAAAUCUGUCCCUUUGAUAGUGCGAGGUGGAGUAAAGCACUGGCCAGCAGUGGAAAGAUGGAAGAGCGAGGAUUACCUGAGAGAGAAAUUUGGACAUCAAGUAUUCAACGUAAUGUUUAAAAACACCUCAGUCGACAAGAAUCACUUUGGGCAUAUGUUCAUGUAUAUGGAUGAUUAUCUCAAUCAUUAUAAGAACCACAAACUCUACUUAGACGCCAGUAUAAGUUUAGAGAUGGCGGAAGACGUCACUCUUCCAAAAGUGUUCGGAUGUGACACAUAUUUUAAGAUUAUGAAACCGUACCAAAUAUUCUUCAAUGCCGGUUGGUCCAGCACCGACCUUCACCUUGACAUCACGGAGACUUUCUUCGCCCAGGUGACCGGUCAGAGACAGUGGAUACUGACCACACCUAGAGACGGCAAGAACACAUACAGCGACGACUUCCAGUAUCAUACAGGUAUAUCUCAGAUUGAUAUCGAGUCUGUGGAUUUGAUCAAUUUUCCCGACGUAACCAAGGUGGAUGUAUAUAAUAUAACGGCCAAUCCUGGAGACAUCAUUUACGUACCUGAGGGCUGGUGGCAUCAGGUGCGAGCGAAAGGUCCCAACCCGCCAAACAUCGCCAUCGCCAUAUUUCUCCACUGGCUGAACUGUCAGUACGAGGUCCCACCUGGUACAGAUGCCGAAUAUGUAGAAGGGUGUAUAAAGAUCCGGGAGGAGAAGCCGCUCGAAAUGACUUGUGGCAUGAAAGUUGAUGAAGCACCUAUGAGUGAGCUGAAGGAAACACUAAAACACAUGGAACUGGACGUCUUUACUUCAAUCAGUGAGGAUGCCAGUGAAAUCAUGGAAGAACUGGAAAUUCAAACUUCACUGCUUAAAAGUGGAUAUGAAAUGCCUGACCUGGGACUGGCACUUGGAGACAUACCUGACAGUGAGCUAGAAGCUGCCCUUGAAUACGCUCUUAAGACUGGAUACAGGUUAUUUGACCCAGAUUUAAGCGAGGAGUCCGAGUCUAUUCUGGGGUCUGUUUUGGCCAGCAACAAACACUGCAAACGAGAAGACGCUUUCGUUAUUGUUAAAGUUCCUCAAGACAGUUUAGGUAAAGACGCGACCAGAAAGUCGGUGGAAAACUCAAUGAAGAGACUUCAGACUGACUACUUGGAUCUGGUCUUGCUGCAAGUGCCUUCUUGCGACCCCAAGGACGAGGAGUGUUGGGAAUUAUUAAAAGAAUCAUGGCAGACGUUGGAAGAAAUGAACGCUACGGGAAGCAUUCGUUCCUUGGGAGUGAUGGACAUAAAAAUAAAGAACCUUCGGGAUCUCAUCAAGAUCGCAAAGGUACCAAUUUCUGUUGUUCACAGUCGAUUUGACCUCAUGAAAAGAAGGACAAAAUUACGACAGCUCUGCAAUGACAACGGCAUUCGUUUUAUGGCGCACAGUUUAAUGGGGGAAAAAUGGCUGACGGAAGACGGUCAGAAUCCGAUACUGACCAGCAAUGACCUACGUGUAGUCUCGGCAACCUCUCGUGCUACAACACAGGCCGUCUUAAUCCGGUGGGCGUUGGAUCAGAAUGUCACCGUUGUUCCACGAGCAUUGAAUCCGUUUUACAUUUCUCUCAACCAAAGGGCCCUGAUGGUUGACAUCUCUGAAUUUGAAGACACUUUCGAAAACUUCCCUCACGCAGAUUAGUCUUAGGAGAUUUCUUUUUCGUGUUUUUUUCCUUUUCCUGACAAGGCAUGUUAUCUUUGUUCGUUUUUAUCUUAGUGAAUUUUGGGAUAUAUAGCAAGUGAAAAUAUAUGAAGGUUUUAUUCGGACAAGUAGAUGUCUCCAUAACAUACAUUAUCAUUAUUGUUACGUACUGUUUUAUUCUAUGUUGAAUAUUGGUUUAUUAUAUUUAGAAAACUACGUUUGUAUAAGAAACAUUGUCAAAUGUCAAGUUCUAUCAAAUAGUUAUAUCCGAUAUUUUUUCAUAAUCAAUAGUGUCUUGAACGCUACACCACAGGCGGCCCUGGUCUGAUGGGCGUUGGUUCUUCGAGUUUCGAGUCCUUUUUACAUUUCUCCCAACCAGAGGACUCUGAAUUUGAAGCAACUUUCGAUCAGUUUCCCAAUGAAGAUUGGUUCGCAUGAUUUUGCUUUUAAUCAUCUCCAUCCUAUGCUGUGGUAAUGUGUGCUUGGACGUACGUCUCGAGAAGAUGUGACAGAUCUGUGCAAUAAUUAUACGUAUAUGUAUAUGUUUGAGUAAGUGACUCAGUCGAGAAUACCGUUAUAUCCAAAUUUUAUGAGUCUUUGUAAGAUGUUGUUACUGUUUAUUUUAUUCGGGAAAGUAUAAAGUGUUUCUUCAAAUUCUUUUCUGAUUAUUGCAUUGCGUUGAGCAAUAUGUACAUUUUGUUCAAAAAUAAAGUUUCGUGUAUUAAUGUAAGU